UACACCUCUGACUUUUUCCUUAGUAGUGAAGGUGGAGAAGAUAGAGGACAGGGACUUGGUUUGACAAAUAUGUGUAGAGAUAAGAGCUAGGACUGUGUGGUAUAUCUACCUUGUGUGUUGCUUUGUAGACGACCUCUAUAUACUGGACACUUGGACAGACAUCAUGGAACCCUUAACAAAGAAGGCAAGGAUAGAGAGUAUAGCAACAGGCGACAAGAGGAAGAAGGUGGGUGCUGUGAUGGAGAGUCUGGUGCUAGAUGAUGCUAAGGUACACAGGAUUAUGACAGUAAUGGAAGAGCAGAUAAAUUUUGCAAAUAGUCCACGUGAGGAGGACAGAAAACGCUCUGACAUGUUCUGGGAGUGUACCUAUGUCCAAGGGCUCCUAAAGGGGGAUGAGGAAGGCGAUUACCUGGGUCUAGACCUAGGCAGUACGAAUUUCAGGGUGGUGAGAGUUACCUUCAAAAUGGGUGAGGCCAAAACCACCACCAAGUACUACAACCUGCCCCAGGAACUUCUCUCUGGGCCAGCAGACGGGGCUUUUGACCACAUUGCUGAUAGUAUAGAGAAAUUUAUCAAAGAAGAAAACAUGACAUCAGACAAAGCCAUUGCCCUGGGAUUCACAUUUUCCUUCCCAUCUGUACAGAAGAGUCUUAAACACAGUGUGCUAAUCACAUGGACAAAGAGUUUCAAGUGUACCACAGGCCCUGGGGAGGAUCCUGUCACCAUGUUAGAGGCGACCAUAAAGAGGAGGGGGGGCCUGUGCAUACCAGUUGAUGUGGUGGCCCGGAUCAGCGACACUACAGGAACACUGAUGGCUGGCAACUAUCUGGAUAGGAACUGUCGCAUUGGCCUCAUCAUAGGUUCUGGAUCAAAUGCCUGUUUUGUUGAACAAGCCAAAAACUUUAACAAAUUGGAAGCAGCCGAAAAAACAUCAGAUCAGAUUCUGGUGAAUUGUGAAUGGGGAGCGUUUGGAGAUAAUGGCUGUUUAAAUUUCUUCAAGACAGAAUUCGACAAGGAACUGGACCUGAAUUCUAACCAUGUCAACUCUUACACGUUUGAGAAACUGUUUGGUGGAUUCUACCUUGGUGAACUUGUCCGCCUGGUGUUGGUGAAACUGACCAGAGAAGGCUUACUGUUUAAAGGUCAGGAGUCACCCAAGCUCAUGUGCAAAGGAAGCUGGCCAACCUCCUAUGUGACAGAGGUGGAGAGUGACUGCCCAGGGGAGAUGAGUCACACUCGUGGAGUGCUACAGAAACUGGACCUAGCGGCAGAGGCCGAUGACAUAGCAAUAGUCCAGGAGGCCUGUGCCCUUGUCUCUCAGCGUGGAGCAUACAUUGUGUCUGCAGCUUGUGCUGUUCUGUUAAACCACAUUGACCUGCUAGAAGUCACCAUAGGAAUUGAUGGCUCGGUGUACGAACACCAUCCCCGUUUCCAUGGUUACAUGAUGGAGUUAUUUGAAAAACUUGUUCCAAAAACAAAGGUGAAAAUCAUAUUGGUCAAAGAUGGCAGUGGUCAAGGAGGAGCAUUUGUAGCUGCUGUUGGGUCAAGGUCAUGACCUUGUCUUGCGAUUCUAUAAAUCAAUAAAGAAAAAGACAAGAUAGGACAAACUUUUCACUGACAUAGAUAUACAAUUAGAGAUAGAAGCUGUCCUGAUAUCAUCUAUACUUUACAAAACUUAAAUACAGGAGUAUGAUCAGCUCAGCACAGGCAAUGCACAACCAUGCUUAUUUGUAUACCCCCCCCCCCCUCCUCUCAUCGCAAACAAACUUUGAGGUUAUAUAGGUAAACGAAAUUUGUGACUUUCAGUAAUAAAAAAAA